AUGCUCAAGCCCCAAGCCAACUCAACCCGGGAGCUUGUCUCCUUGGAUGGGAUUUGGAAUUUCGCAGUAGCGUCUUCGCCAACUAUCGAGACAGAGCAAGCUUGGACUAAGUUCAUCUCCCCAAAACUGCAGGUUCCGGUGCCCGCAAGUUACAACGACAUCUUUGUCGACAGAAGUAUCCGGGACCAUGUCGGAUGGGUUUAUUACCAGCGAAAGGUUACUAUCCCGCGAGGAUGGCCCACUUCAGAACGAUACUUUUUGCGUCUCGAUGCCGCAACCCACCAAGGACGUGUCUACAUCAAUGAUCACUUCAUUGUUGAGCACAUUGGCGGUUAUACGCCUUUCGAAGCCGAGAUUACCCAUCUGCUUGCUCCUGGGGAGCAGUUCCGCCUCACUAUAGCAGUGAAUAACGAACUUGGUUGGGAUACUAUCCCCCCUGGGCGAAUUGAGGAGCUCCCAAAUGGGAAGCGGAAACAGCACUACCAGCACGAUUUCUUCAACUACUCUGGGCUGGCACGCUCAGUACACCUCUAUUGCGUGCCUAAAGUUUUCAUCAAUGACAUUACAAUCUCCACGGAUCUUCUUGCCGGUGGUGUCGGCAUUGUGGAUUUUCACAUUGAAACAAGUCAUCCUGUCGAAAAUGAUAGAAUCCGUGUAUCAUUGACAGACGAAGAUGGAAACAUUGUCGCCAAAGGGACAGGACAGAAGAAUCGCAUACAGUUAGACUCGGUACACCCUUGGCAGCCAGGCUCAGCCUAUCUGUAUCAACUCACUGCAAAAAUCCUAUCAAAUGGAGAUGCCGAAAUUCUAGACAGCUACGAGCUUGCUGUUGGGGUACGCUCAGUCAAGGUCAGCGGCAAUCAGUUCCUGAUCAACGAUAAGCCAUUUUAUUUCACCGGAUUUGGCAAACAUGAGGACACACCUAUUCGAGGCAAGGGGUUUGAUCCCGCCUACAUGAUCCACGAUUUUCACUUGAUGGACUGGAUGGGUGCUAAUUCAUUUCGGACGGCACAUUAUCCAUAUGCAGAGGAGGUACUCGACUAUGCAGAUAGGCACGGUAUCGUGGUGAUUGACGAGACUGCAGCGGUCGGCCUCAACCUUGGCAUCGUCGCCGGUGUUUUCGGCUUCAAAGCCCCCCCUACCUUUUCUCCAGAGUCAAUCAACGAAAAGACGCAGGCAGCGCAUGCGCAGGGGAUCCGAGAACUUAUAGCGCGAGAUAAGAACCAUGCCUCUGUGGUUUUAUGGACGAUCGCCAACGAGCCUGCGUCUAGCGAGUCUGGGGCACGCGAGUAUAUGGAACCAUUGGUUACCCUAACGCGCACGCUUGACCCUACUCGUCCAGUCUGCUUCACAAACAUGGGUCACGCAACUGUCGAAAAGGAUAUAAUCACAGAUCUAUUCGAUGUUCUCUGUCUAAAUCGUUACUAUGGUUGGUAUUCACAGAGUGGAGACCUAGAGGCCGCAGAGCAGGCGUUGGAGAAGGAUCUGCUAGGCUGGCAGGAGACAUAUGGCAAACCCAUCAUCAUGACAGAAUACGGCGCCGAUACUCAAGCCGGGCUGCACGCCGUGUGCGAUGUUCCAUGGAGCGAGGAAUAUCAAAGUCGGUUCCUAGAGAUGUUCCAUCGGGUCUUUGACCGAGUCGAUGGUGUUGUUGGAGAGCAUGUGUGGACGUUUGCCGACUUUCACUGCACUUCGACCAUGUUUCGGGUAGAUGGAAAUAAGAAAGGCAUCUUUACGCGAGAUCGAAGGCCGAAGAGUGCCGCACAAGUGCUCCGAAGACGAUGGAGAGAGCAAAAGAAAAUCGCCUAG